AUGCACGCGCCUCUCUUUUGCUUGACUGUCAUCGCGGCCCUGUCACUCGCCAGCAGAGCGAGCGCAAGAGCGGUCUUUGCUCAUUACAUGGUUGGCACCGUGACGGAUGAGCAUGCCCACAAAGACAUCGAAGAUGCCAAGAAGAUGGGCCUAGAUGCAUUCGCCUUGAAUAUCGGCUACCCCCAGGCAUCUUUUGUUUAUCCUGCGCUAGUGAGCCUCUUCGGCUACGCCGAGUAUGUCGGCUUCAAGUUGUUCAUCAGCAUGGACCUUUGGGCAGCUGGCGACGUCAAGCAUUCCGAUGGCACCAACGUCAACGCAUUCGACUAUGAAGAUUUACUCCGUCAAUUUUUCCCAUCUUCUGCCUACUACAAGGGACCCAACGGAUAUCCUUUCCUGUCCACCUUUAGCGAUGGAGGCAUGAGCAACGAUUCAUUCAACACUUCUCAUCCAUACUGGUGGGACUACUGGGGACCGAUAUUUGAAGGAGUAUCAAGCUGGGAGAAUGCUUGGGUAAAGCGAAACGGCUAUGGUGUAAAUAUCCAGGAGAUGUUGAUCUUAAUCAACAAGUCAUCAGUAGAUCAUCUCUUGGACCCGGGACCAAAGGCCAUGGAAAAUCGUAAGUUUGUACCGAGUCCUCCGCUCUAUGAAAUGUUACGAUUGACAAUGUGGAUGUAUAGAUAUAUGAUGCCUUUGAGCACUCUCCAGUACAAAAAUGCAUAUUCCACUAAUAUUUAUCGCAACGGCAACAUUGGACUCUCAAUGGAGAACAUGCUAAAGAUGAAUCCGCGACCUGACUACAUACAAAUGAUUACUUGGAAUGAUGGACCUGAGUCUCAUUACUUCGGGACUUUAUGGCCCGAGCAAAAUACCGACUACGCCCCGUCCAUAUAUGCUUUUGACCUAGGAUGGUCCCAAAAUGCACGGCAGCCAGUUCUAGCCUCGUUUAUCAAAGCUUUCAAGCACGAUGGUACUACGAAAAGGGAUAUGGUACCUCAUCCCAAUUUUCAGAUUCGUGGCAGUUCGAGAAGAGAUCUUCCUGAGGAUAUGCAUGGUGUGUUGAUGUACAAAUCUAUCAUGCUGAAGACGAAAUGCCCUCCUUUUGCCACUCCUCCGGAGGGUUAUGAUUCCGCCCAUGACUUUCUCAAUUUUACCCUUACGAUUCCCGCUGGCAGUACGGGCUGGAAAAUCAAGGGGGGUAGUCCGGCUCAAUCCUUUCCUCUCCAGGGAUGUUUGAAUCAUGGUGUCUUUACAUUUACCGAAGCAGGCCACCAGAUUGUGCAAGUGUAUGAUAAUACAAAUAAAAAUGUUAUGACGGCAUCAAGUCGCAGAUGUAUACACGAAGACUGUCCGGACGGUGAAUGGGUCCUAAAUCAUCAGACCAUACCAUUUCUCGAAGGUGCGGGGGAUGCGGACGCCUGUCUUUCUGAGAGUUUUUUCAAAAACUUCCGAAUUCUAACAUCCCAACCUCUAGAACUUUAUCUUGAAGCCUGGAUCGACAAAAAUGGCGCACAAUACAUUUCCGAUAGUAUUCGUAACUUUUUGCUGGAUAACGGAGGCGAGAACGGAUCCCAAUGCGCGGACCUAUUAGAAGAGUAUCCUAGCGACACGUGCGACGAGUACCCGAACCCAAAAACUAUAGGAUUGCCUAAGGCUGUUCUAGAGUUAUACUACAUCCAGCGCGCAUUGCACAAUAUUCACGACUCGCUACGCCAUAUGGAUCACGACAUGGACGCAAUCCACAUGGAUGCAACGGUGAACAUCAAAGGCGUAGUCGACACAUUCGGAGCCAAGCUGCUGACACCAAGGUGUUCGUCCAAUGCCGCCGAAAUACUGCAAAAGCUGGGAACUGCAUUCGGCAUUAUCGGUGGGGCGGCAGCUAUCAACCCAGAACUGGGCGGCGUUGGAAGCGAUUUCAGCUUUACUGGUUCACUCUUUGGCUUAGCUGCGGACGAAGACGACCCGGAGACGCAGCUGCAAGAUAUCUUGGAACACGCCGUCGAUUCGCUAACGACGGCUUCCAUUGGCUUCUUCACUGCAUAUAAGAGCAAUCUGGAGAAGCUCCCCGCGCGGAUAUUCACUACGGGGAUCUUUCGGUUGUACCCAAUUCUUGGAGGUGGCGACGAACUACACAUCCAUGCGGGAGGGCAUGACCAAAUACCACAACGAGAUGGUCAUUGGGACGCUGCUCAAGUCGGCGGGCGUCUACGUGAUUGUGGGUUCCCACAGCCAAGAGACGUGCAAGUUCGACGGCUCCUUCUGGGAAAUGACAACUGCCACGCCCUCGAGUACUCGGGCCCUAGCCCAGCGGUCUCUAAAAACCUGGCUGAUAUUUCUGUCUACUCCCAAAAGCUCGACGACGCCAUCCUCCAGAACCUCACCGACUACGCCGUCGAUAAGUCCAAGGUCAUCCGCGGCUCUAUCAACUGCCAGGCGGCUAAGGCGACUACGACGGGCUGCCAGAAGCCAUGUACUACGCAAAAAACAAGGACGAUGCUCUCCCUGAAUAUCCCCAGUGCUUUUGGAAUUUCCCCGUCUUCAACGUCGGUCCGUUCAGCACAGCCCAUUCCGGCGAAGGAUACCGCCGUUCGCCAUGCAAUGUCCGCUGGAUAA